AACGUCCUCCCAGAACGCGCUAUCCUAUGGACACAGCUGAUCACGUGAUGUGUUAAAAGGCCAAUCACAGCGGCCUUUUGCCACAUGAUCAGCCAUGUCCACUGACACGCUGAUCACUGGGAAAUGCAAUUGCCGAUUAGCAGGGAUCGGCACCGAUCAUCAGGGCACUGAUGAUCAGUGCCCUGAUGAUCAGUACCCAGCAGUGCCACCCACCAGUGCCGCCCACCUGUGCCCAGCAGUGCACCCACCUGUGCCCAGCAAUGCCCACCAGUGCCACCCAGCAGUGCCACACACCUGUGCCCAGAAGUGCCACCUACUUGUGCCCAGAAGUGCCACCCACCUGUGCCCACCAGUGCCACCCACCAGUGCACAUCAGUGCAGCCCAGCAGUGCUUCCAGUCAGUGCCCAGCAGUUGCGCCAGUCAAUG